AUGCCCGUAGAAGGACGGUGCUCGCAGAGGCCAGGCCUGACUCAGUGCCGCGCGGGCCUUUGCCAAGAGCGGGAGGGUCUCCAGCCCUUCAUCCCAGACUCAGAAGGGGACCUCCUCUUCCUGCUGGACAGCUCUGGCAGUGUCUCCUACUACGAGUUCUCUAGGGUCAAGGAGUUCAUCAGGGGCCUCCUGCGACCCUUCACCUUUGGCCCCAGUGACGUCCAGACCAGCAUCAUCCACAUCAGCACAGUGCCCACCAUAGAGUUCCCCUUCGACCGGUACUUGUCCAGUGGGGCAGUGCAACAGGCCAUCCGGGACAUGCAGCAGCUGAUGGGGGACACCAACACGGGCAAAGCCCUCUCCUUCGCCAAGGAGAAGUUCUUCACGGACGAAGCUGGCGCCCGGGCGGAUGUGCCCAAGGUGCUGGUGUGGGUGACGGAUGGCUUCUCUACUGAUGACAUCUCCCAGCCCAUGCAGCUGCUGAAGGACAUGGGGGUCACGGUCUUCAUCAUCAGCACUGGGCGGGGGAACUACCUGGAGCUUUCGGCCGCUGCCAGCCAGCCUACUAAGAAGCACUUGUACUUUGUGGACGUGGAUGACAUGCCCAUCAUCACCAAGGACCUGAGGGACGCCAUCAUAGAUGUUAUCCGAGCCAAGCGGCUCCACGCCGUGGAGAUCACCUCCAGCAGCUUCCGUCUGACGUGGCCUAGGCUCCUCUCCAGCGACACCGGCUACUAUGUGCUGGAGUACGCCCCUGCGGACGACCCGAGGAGGAAGCUGGUGAAGCAGGUGUCCGGGGAUCACACCGGCCUCUUCCUGAGCGAUCUCUCGCCAGACACCACCUACGAGGUCGUGCUCGUUCCAGAGUCCAACGAGCACUAUAUCCCUCCGCAAACCACCAGGGUCACCACGCUGGAAGAGGAAAUCAGCCCAACUCGGGUUCUCAUCUCGGAGUCCAAGCCGCACAGCUUCCGCGUCAGCUGGGCUCCCACGCCGGACAGUGUGGGGAGCUACCAGGUGCUGUACGGGCCGCUGCCUGGCAAUUCAGCUAAGCUGCUGGAAGUGGAUGGGGCGCACAACAGCACGGUAGUGGAGAACCUGGCCCCCAACACCACCUACUUGGUGACGGUGGCGGCCAUCUAUAAAUCGGGGAAGGAGAAAGCCCUGUCUGCCAAAGCUUGCACGCAGGAAGAGAGCUCCAAGGUGAGGCACCUGCGCUUCGAGGACAUGGGCCCCAACACCCUGAAGGCCUCCUGGGACUCGGCCGACGGGCCAGUCCUCGGUUACCGGGUGAGGUGCCGGCGGCAGACGGGCCCCUCGUCGCUCCUCAGCGUCUCGCCGCAGAUCCACAGCGUGCUCCUGACGGACCUGGCCUCGGGCACUGCCAACAAAGUGUGCGUGAAGCCCGUGUACAGGAACCAGCCGGGGAAGGGGCUGUGCCGCAUGGUUCACAUGCAGCAUGCCACAGCAGCACAAGGAUACAAGCACAGACGGAGCGCGUGA